AUGGCUAACUCUCCCUCAAAUCAACCUAUUCGUUCGAUUAGUUUGCCAUCAAGACCUCACCCACUAGUCCCCCAAAUCGACGAACAUCUAGCUAGUCUAAGGUCUUUUGAGGUGGUUUCUACCUCGGUGUCUCAAUUAUCCUCACUAGGCCACAAACUUAACAUCCUUAAAGAUGUGUAUGAUUGUUUGGGUGAUUUAAUUCUUCUCCCACAAAACGAACUUAAACUUAAGCAAUACUCGAAUGCUAGAUGCAUCGAUGAGUUACUCGAUGGAUCAUUGAGGCUCUUGGAUGUGUGUGGCAUUGCAAAGGAUGCAUUGUCACAAGUGAAGGAGCAUAUGCAAGAAAUACAAUCUUCUCUUAGAAGAAGAUCCAAUGCAGAGUUGAGCAUUGGCGAGGAAAUGGUUAGGUACGUGAAUAUGAGGAAGAAUACUAAGAUGAUGAUAAAGAGAUGCUCUAAGGAAGUUAAGGAUAUGAUGAAGAAAAAACCUAUCUUUCAAGAAGAUUAUAAGAAUGUUGCAAUGGUUGAUGUUUUGAGAGAAGUUGAGGGAGCAACAGCUGAGAUUUUCGAGUCUUUGUUAGAAGCAAUUUCAGGGUCAAAGGCGGUAUCUCAUAAGAGAAGUGCUAGUUUGUCUAAUGUUAUGUGCAGGCUGAUAAAGUACCAAAAUGAGUCAUUUAACAAGGAAGAAGAGGUGUCAAGAAAUGAAUUCGAAGAUAUCGAUUCGACUUUGAGUUCUUUGCUCAUUGCUCAGAAGAAGAGGAGUUGUCUCAAUGUAGAACAAGCUGAGAAUUUGAGAGGAAAGUUUGUGAAGUUAGACUCAGCAAUUCAGGAUUUGGAUGAAGUGUUAGAAGGCUUGUUCAGGUGUCUGGUUAAGACCAGGGCAACCCUCCUAAAUCUCAGCUACUAUUGA